GAGAAAGUUCACAGUCUGCAGGAGAAGAAGUCCACGCUGAGAGAACGACGCACCAUGGCGGGUAAAGGGCAGAGCCAGCUCCAGCACUCAUGGGAGUUGGACCAGGGGCCGGAGGGGGCCCCGGCUCAGGCGGCCGAAGCGGGGCCCUCCACCUGCUCCUCCACCUUCUCCUCCAACCGAUCCUCCACCUUCUCCUCCACCUUCUCCUCCAAUCGCUCCUCCAACCGCGUCCAGGUCAUCCACAGCGGACACUUCAUGGUGUCGACGCCGCACAGCGACUCCGAGCGGCGGCGGAGGGAGAGCGGCGAGUCGCUGCGGUACGACUUCGACACGGUGAACCGGACGUGGUGCCAGACGUACCGCUACGGGCCCCUGAGCUCCGGCAGCCUGAGCAUCGACCCCACGCUGACCCGCCUGUUCGAGUGCAUGUCCCUGGCAUACAGUGGCAAGAUCGUCUCUCCAAAGUGGAAGUCUUUUAAGGGUCUGCGGCUGCUGUGGAGGGAUAAAAUUCGUAUUAACAAUGCCAUCUGGAGAGGCUGGUACAUUCAGUACUGGGAGAGGAAGAAGAGCUCAGUGUGUGGCUUCGUCACCCCUCUGGAGGGAUCUGAGGGCGAUGCCCAUCGAAAGCCUCAAACGAUUGUGUUGGAGGGCAGCUACUGGAAGAGAAGGAUUGAGGUGGUGAUCAGGGAGUAUCAUAAGUGGAGGAUUUACUAUAAGAAGAGGCUUGAGAAAAAGAAGGGUGAUAUUCUAACAAUGCUGCAAGAGGGUCAGAUGUGCCAGUCCAAGCUGGAGAAAUGGAACAGUCAGAUGCACCAGGAGCCUGAGGCAGCUCCAGUGGAGGCCCACAUGUUUGACCUCGACUGCCUUCUGUCCGACAUCGCCGACACCCUGUUCACCAUGACGCAAAAGCCGGGCUCCUGGACCAGCGACCAGCAGGACAACUACACCAGCAAUGCUGAUAUCAUCCAGCCAGGGCUGAGUCCACUGCAGCAUGACCUGGAUGAAUUCAUGGAUAUGUCAGAUAUCUUUUUGAACUGCACCGACCAGGCCAUGGAGCACACUAGUUUUGCUGACUGCGGUUAUUUCCAGAGCUCAUCCAGCACAGCGUUCGCUCCGGUUCCCCCCCCUGUAGUCACAGAUCCUCAGCUGCUUUUGGACAGCCAGCUCGCCCAGCCCAAUCUGUCUUCUGACAAUUUGCCUCAGCUGUCCUCAUCCAAUACGCAGCCAGAACAGACAAGGCCAGGCCAGGACUUCAGUGAAUACCACGCGUCCAGCAUGGGAUCACAAGCCAUGUCAUAUGGACACCAGCUGUACCCCAAUGCACCUGCUGCUCUCGCCUUCAACACCUGCAUCCAGCAGCCGGCCACUGCAAGUAUUCCUUUUUUGCACCAACCAUCCCACAAGUUUGGCAACUACCCGACGACCAGUGUGACCUCCAGUGUCAUCACCCACACCGCCUCUACCAUGGGGGCCCAGGGCUCUGUGCAGCAGGGUCACGGCUUCACAUACGCACAGACUCCCUGCCACUCUCUCGGUUACCCUGCCAACAUGUCUGACCCGCUCCAGGCGAUGCUGCCCUCUGUCACCCCAGCCCACUACUUCUCAGUCCCGAAGCAGGUAGCCGUCACUGGGGUCAGGGGGAAGCACAAGAAAAAGACGGGGGGAGCGAGGACAGUUGGUCCCUCUGUCGCUCCGUCUGGGUCCCACUUCAUUGCUCCCAAACCCCCUAGCUGCCUGGCUCAACUGCUCUCCGGCACCCGGGAACGGCAACCAUUGCUGGUGACAGCCAAAGGUCAGAGGUCAUCAUCACCCAGCUCAAAGCAGUCGAGCAGCAGCGCACACGGUGGAGCUGCUUCGCAGCUGCCGCAUGGAGCCGGCUGGCCUGCGGGGAUGUACGUGUUGACGCCUAUGCACGGCCAGAGCGCCACCAUGGGUCACAGCAGUCCUCAACCCAGCACCUCCAGGGGCCUGGGGGUGUCUACCCUGCUCGCCCACGCCUCCGCCAGCCUGGGUCACAGCAGUCCUCAACCCAGCCCCUCCAAGGGCCUGGGAGUGUCUACCCUGCUCGCCCACGGCUCUGCACAUACCGGCCCCACUAUCCUCAUUCCCAAGAAUGAGAAACUGUCUCCUGUCCAGAUCUACAGCACAGACAGGAGCAGCCUAUCUGUUAAUUUUUCAGAACAUCCUGGGAGAACAUCAACACCAAACCAUUUAGAGAUAGUCUCCAACCCAGAGUCCCCGCAGUCAGUCCAUGUAAAGAGAGAGUCAAGUAAGCAUACCGAGACCAGGAGGGUAACUCACAUCUCAGCAGAGCAGAAGAGGCGUUUCAACAUCAAAACGGGAUUUGACACUUUACAUAACCUUGUGACAACACUCAGCUCUCAGCCAAGCAUAAAGAUCAGUAAUGCCACCACACUGCAGAAGACGGGCGAGUACAUCACUAAGAUGCAGCAGGAGAGAACUCAGCUGCAGGAGCAGGCUCAGAAACUCCGAGAGGAAAUCCAGCUCCUCAACUCUGACAUCAAUGCGUGUCAGAUGCAGCUACCGGCCACCGGCGUGCCCAUCACGCGGCAGCGCUUUGACCACAUGAGGCAGAAGUUCAGAGAGUACGUCCGGAUGCAGACUCUGCAAAACUGGAAGUUCUGGAUCUUCGGAUUCAUCAUCGAGCCGCUGUUCGAGUCCUAUAAUUCAAUGGUGUCCACUGCCAGCGUGGGGGACCACUGUAGAACCACUUUGUCCUGGCUGGACCAGCACUGCUCCCUGCCUGCCCUCAGACCCAUGGUUCUGAAUUCACUCCGCCACCUGAGCACCAGCACUGCCAUCCUGACAGAGCCCAGGCUCCUUCCAGAGCAGGCCAGCCUCGCUGUCACCCGCGGUGACCCCCCUGCUCCCCCGGAUGACUCCUUACAGCCACCCACUUGGGACGAUGUACCCCUUGACCCUUAAAAAAACACAUUGCACAGGAGAGCGGGAGCCAGAGCAGGGCCUGGAAUGUUCAAAAAAAUCGACCCCACUUUUCAGCCCUGAGACUGUUUGUAAUCAUAUUCCAAUAAAACCCACCAGCUGCAAAAAGAAUGUAUAUGUGGUAAAGGCUUAAAAACUUGUUAUAUGUUUAAAACUAUUUCUGAGAUUCAAUGUAGUUAUGAUUGGCAAAGCAGAAGUUCAUAAGAUGUUCAGAUGUUCAGUGGAAAGAGACGUCAGUUACUGUGACUGUUGAAUGACUUACAUUUUUGCUAAAUAAAGUUUGUUUACAUCA